ACGUGGAUUGUCAAAAAAUGCAUGCGACGCAUCGUCUGUUGUGAUUUUUUUUUCUCCAAUUGUUGACCGCAGGUGUUAGCUAACUAAAAUAAAAAUGAGCAGUGAAUCAAAAGUCGAAUACCUCAUUGUCGAUACAAGUGCGUUUAUCAAAAAUGCAGCCUUGCAGGACAUUGGUAAUAAAAUUAUCACCGAACCCGGUGUCGUCAGUGAAAUAAAAAGCAAAAGACAGCUCAGGAGAUUGGUAGUGCUUCCAUAUGAUCUGGAGGUUAAAGAAGCUUCCCCAGAAGACAUUAAAUUUGUAACUGCGUUUUCCAAAAAAACUGGCGAUUAUCCAAGUCUCUCUGCAACUGAUAUCAAAGUUAUUGCUCUUACAUACCGGUAUGAAAAAGAAAGAGUUGGCUCAGAUCACUUGAGAAAAGAGCCCCUGGUGAACAAAGAAAUCGUUGAUAGUAGUAUUAAAAAGCCUGAAGAUCAUAAUCAGCUGUUAGGAUUUUAUAUGCCAGAUAAAGAUGGAGAUGAUCAAGAAAAUGAUUGUGAAGAGAGCGAUGAAGAAACAUCUGAAAGUGAAGACAAAGAGAAAGUAUGUGAAAACAAAACUGAAAAGUUAAAUCCCGAUAAAGCCAGAAGAAAUGUAAUGAAUAUUGAAAUGAAAAAAAAUGAAGAAUCCAAUGUGGAAAGUGACGAAUUAGUAACUGCCAGUGACAUGACUGACGAAAGCUGUGGAACAUCUGAUAAUGAAGAGUAUGAUACAGCUCCAUCCGAUGAAGAAAAUAAAAAAAUUGACGAUUUGAGUGAGAAAUUUCGUAAACUUGACUGUGAUCCAGAAGGUUUGAAAUUAGAGUGUGAAAAUGACUUUACAAUUGAUGACAUCCUCAAAGCUAUUAAAGAUGACACCAAUAAAGUAGAUGAAGGAAUUCAUGAUUCAGAAAGUGAAAAUGAAGAUGACGAAGAAGAAGAAGAAGAUUACGAUGAAGACAGUGAUGAUAAUAGUGAAUGGAUCACUCCAAGGAAUCUGAAAGAUGUAAGAAAAAAGAUGGAUUCUGGUGUUAUCAAAGAAAAGCCAGCCACUGUAGCAUGUUUGACGAUGGAUUAUGCUAUGCAAAACGUUUUAAUGCAAAUAGGACUUAAUGUGGCAUCAUUAGAGGGCAAAGUUAUCAAACAAAUGCGAACUUUCAUUUUACGUUGUUACUUAUGUUUCAAAACAACUGGCAUUGCUACAAAAGUUUUUUGUCCCAAAUGUGGAAACAAGUCGUUGAAAAAAGUUGCUGUUUCCUUAAAUGACGAAGGGAAGCAGAUAAUUCACAUCAACUUUAAAAAACCAUUAUCAUCCCGAGGCAAAAAGUUUUCACUUCCAACGUUCAAAGGUGGUAAACAUGCCUGCAAUCCAAUACUUUCGGAGGAUCAGCCAAGGCCUGAUCAGAGACCAACAAAACUGGGCCGUACAAAGAAUGAUCCGCUUAAUGAGGACUAUACAGCUGGUUAUUCACCGUUUGUUAUGCGAGAUGUCAACUCUAGAGCAGCAAUGCUGGGCAUUAAACCUGGUGAUCCUAUAAAAUAUUGGAUGAGAAGGAAUCCUAAUGAACCUAGAAAACACAAGAAAUAAAUAAUACUGUUAACGCAUUUUCAGCAUUUAAUACCGUGCAAAAUAAAACUUCUAGGGAUAAAAGUGUCACGUUUUGUACAUAUUAAUAAUAUGAAUUUUUUAAAUGUCGUAAAGUAAAUAAAAUAAAAUACAAAAUUUUUCACCAGAA